CGUACGACGUCUUCGUGUUCUCUUCUAUCGUAAAGCUGUUUCUCGAUUGUUAUACAAAGUCGGUAUGGCAAAAGCACAAACAACUGAGGUACCUUAUACGCAAGUUUCCACAACAGAGACGGCGAAAGAAGAGAAAUCUACAGCGGCUCACAAGUUCGUUCUGAAGACACCAAAGGGGACACGAGACUACAAUCCUGAUCAAAUGGCAAUCAGAGAAAGAGUGUUUGAUGUGAUUAAGACGUGCUUUAAGCGUCAUGGAGCUGUGACUAUUGAUACACCAGUGUUUGAGCUAAAGGAAACGUUGACUGGAAAGUAUGGGGAAGAUUCCAAACUUAUUUACGACUUAGCAGAUCAAGGCGGCGAGUUACUUUCACUUCGAUAUGACUUGACAGUACCUUUUGCAAGAUAUGUUGCCAUGAAUAAGAUAAAGAGCAUUAAACGAUAUCAAAUAGCUCGUGUGUACAGAAGAGACAACCCUGCUAUGACGCGAGGAAGAUAUAGAGAGUUUUAUCAAUGUGAUUUUGAUAUUGCUGGAGAACAUGAUCCGAUGAUAGCAGACUCUGAAUGUGUGAAAAUAGUUGCAGAGAUCUUGACAGGUCUAGAACUGGGUGAUUUUGUGAUCAAAGUCAACCAUAGACAAUUACUGGAUGGAAUAUUUGCUGCUUGUGGAGUUCCAGCCAGUAAAUUUCGACCUGUUUGCUCUGCUGUUGACAAGCUUGAUAAGAUGGAGUGGGAAGAUGUGAAGAAAGAGAUGGUGGAGGGAAAAGGUUUAGAUCCAGUUGUAGCUGAUAGGAUUGGCAGCUACGUGAAGCUAAGUGGUGGGCGAGACCUUGUAGCCAAGUUGAUGGAAGAUGAGAAAUUAAUGAAUGAGAAAGCAGCAGAAAUCAGUUUGCAGUACAUGAAGCUUCUUCUAGACUAUUGUGAUGCUUUUAACGUUCUGGAUAGGAUGUCAUUCGACUUGAGUCUUGCUCGUGGGCUUGACUACUACACUGGUGUUAUAUAUGAAGCUGUUUUGACAGGAACUAGUGAUACUCAGUUGAAGACUCCCAAAACAGGAGAAACAGUUGGUGUAGGAUCUGUAGCUGGUGGUGGACGGUAUGAUGAUCUUGUUGGGAUGUUUGAUCAGAAACACAAAAAGGUUCCAUGUGUUGGAGUAAGCAUUGGUAUUGAAAGAAUAUUUUCUAUUAUUGAAGCUAAGGCAUUUGCCUCUGAUCAGAAGCCUCGAUCAAGUGAAACUGAAGUUCUUGUAUCCUCUGGGCAAAAGAACAUGCUACUGGAACGAAUGAAAUUGUGCUCGGAGCUAUGGGCUGAGGGAGUAAAGGCUGAGAUACUGUACAAAUGUAAUCCCAAGUUUCUCAGUCAGUGUCAGUUUUGUGAAGAACAGCAAGUGCCAUUCCUAGCAAUUGUUGGUGAGAAUGAGCUGUCUCAGGGUGUAGUCAAAAUCAGAAACGCCGCAACAAGGGAAGAGACGACAGUAAAACGGCAAGAUGUAGGGAGUGAAAUCAAGCUUAGAGUACGUGGAGUGCCCUAGAAUGCUGCCGUAGUUCGCGAACGUAAUACUAAUCAAGUGUAUGGAUCUACCUACACCACUGUAACAGAAUCACAUAUUCUUGAACUUUCGUUGAAGCUGAA